AUGGCCUCGCUGGUUCCUCAAACGUCCAAGGAGAGCAGCAAAAGCCCAUCGAUAUCAUCGCCAACGACAUCUUCAUCAACUCAUUGAGAUUUUCAAACAAAAUCGCAGCCUUGGUCAGUGAAGAAGAAGACAAAAUUUACAUCAUGGACGACGUGGACUCAGGAAAGUACAUUAUUGCCUUCGACCCUCUGGACGGGUCUUCCAAUAUUGACGUCAAUGUCUCCAUUGGAUCCAUUUUUGCCAUCUGGAAAAGGCCAAAUAUCGAUGCUCCAGUUUCAGCAAGAGACUUCUUGAGAAGUGGUGUCGAAAUUGAGGCUGCUGGGUAUUGCAUUUAUGGAAGCUCGACUCAGCUCGUUUUGGCUGUGAAAAACGGCAAAGUGGACUGCUUUACCCUGGACAAUUCCAUUGGUGACUUCAUUUUAA